AUGGCAGACCAGAGUGGUGUAUUCAUUGGCCUGGACCUGCAGUGCCAGGAGAAUAACCAUGCCCAUCACACAGAGGAGAUGGACAUUGACCGUUUGUUGGUACGCAGAGGUCAGCCUUUCACAAUUGCCGUGCAGUGCCGCGAUGUCGCCCCGCAGCCCGUGCGCCACCAGCUCGCCCUAGUCCUCCAUCUCGGUAAAGAGGUGGUACUGAAGGUGUCCAGUUCGCGGCCAGCUCGCGGUCAGUGGUGGUUUAGCCAGCAGGCUGCUCAGAGUGAGAUAAUGUUAACGCUGCACAGCCCUGCCGAUGCUCCAGUAGGUCUCUACACCAUGACUAUCGUACUGCUCUCUGCUGACGGACGCAUCCUGGAACGAACCACGCCAGAGAAAUUCUACCUUCUCUUCAACCCCUGGUGUAAAGCCGACUCUGUCUACCUGAAUGAUGAAGAACAAUUGCUGGAGUAUAUCUUGAAUGAGAACGGCACCCUGUACCAAGGCUCCUGGGAUGAGAUCACCUCCCUGCCAUGGAACUUUGGACAGUUUGAAAGGGACGUGGUGGACAUCUGCUUUGAGGUGCUGGAUAACUCUCCCGCCGCUCUGAAAAACCCGGAGAAAGGCCUGGCCAGAAGAGCUGAUCCUGUUUACGUCAGUCGGACCAUCACUGCCAUGGUGAAUGCUAAUGAUGACCGUGGGGUAGUCUCUGGACGCUGGGAUGGGCAGUACGGCGAUGGGGUGCCGCCCACCCGCUGGACCGGCAGCGUGCCCAUCCUCAGGCGCUGGAGUGAGACAGGGGCACAGAGAGUACGCUACGGACAGUGCUGGGUGUUUUCUGGCGUGGCUUGCACAAUCUUGCGUUGUCUGGGUAUCCCCACACGCUGUGUCACAAAUUUCUCCUCUGCUCACGACACAGACGGCAACCUCACUGUGGACUACCUCUUCAACGAGCGGCUAGAGAGUGUAUCUGAGGGCAAAAAAGACAUGAUCUGGAACUACCACUGCUGGGUGGAGGCAUGGAUGAAGAGGGAAGACCUGCCAAAAGGCUAUGAUGGGUGGCAAGUUCUUGACCCCACUCCACAAGAGAGAAGUGAUGGUGUGUACUGUUGUGGACCAUGUCCUGUUAAGGCAGUGAAGGAGGGAGAGGUGGGUUUUAAGUACGAUGCUCCGUUUGUGUUCUCUGAGGUGAACGCAGACAUAGUUUCCUGGAUCGUUCACUCAGAUGGGGAACGUUCACGGGCUUCCCUCAACAGCAAGAUUGUUGGGAGAAACAUCAGCACUAAGGGUGUGCAUGGAGACUAUCGUGAGGACAUCACAGACCAAUACAAAUACCCUGAAGGUUCUGUGAAGGAGCGUGAGAUAUUUGAGAAGGCGGGACGGAGAGUUGUGCAGCAGAACGGAGGCUCUGACCAGCUGGAGCUCAUCAUUAAACAUGCCCAGGCUGUCCACGGCACAGACUUUGACGUGAUAGUGGAGGUACAUAACUCGGGUGGGCAGGAUACUUUGGCUCAGCUAACUGUCACAUCAAACGCUGUCACUUACAACAGUCUCCACAUGGGGGAGUGCCAGAGGAAAACUUCCAAUGUCACUGUGCCAGCUCAGCAAGCUCACAAGGAAGUGUUGCGGCUACGGUACGACCACUAUGGGCCGUGUGUGUCUGAACAUCACCUGAUAAGGGUCAUGGCUCUUCUCAAGGCCGGCACUCAGCACGUCAUGCAAGAGGUCAACAUCCCACUGAGCAUGCCCAAGCUCCACAUCAAGAUCAUUGGGGAGAUGGUGGUAUCCCGUAAGGUGACUGCACUCAUCUCCUUCACUAACCCCCUUCCCAUCACGCUGAAAGGAGGCUUGUUCACCGUCGAGGGAGCAGGUCUAACAGAAGCCCAGGAAGUUCCAGCACCAGAAGAUAUUGGACCUGGUCAAAAUGUCACAGUGAAGUUCUCCUUCAAACCCAAACGUGCAGGCCUCAGGAAGCUGCUGGUCGACUUCGACUCUGAUAAAUUACGGGAUGUGAAGGGUGAAGCCACUCUGCGGGUACGGAGAAAGAUGCAUUACUUUAUCUCCCUUCAAGCACCUGGCAACGACGACUGCGGUAGACGGGAGCAGCACCUGCAGCCUGCUGCAACACCCCUGCCUGCAUCUGCGCCUGCCUCUCCUACAUCCAAAACUGACAUAACACCUCCGCAGCAUGUUUCCAUGCAUGUGCAGGGGUAUGUCUUUGUGGUAAAGGGAAACCAGGCAGACCUGGAGAAUCUGGAAGCACAGCGUGCAAAUGUGGAGGCCUCCGCAGUGACUAGAUCUGACCAGCCUUCCAAUGUCAACCAGACCCAGAGUUGGAACCCCUGUUGCACUCCAGAGCUAGGGCCCCUGCCACUAAAGAAAUCCUCACCAGAGCAAGAUCAGGAGCUGGAACUGGAGCCUGCCAAGGUGGUGGAAACAGGGAUCUGGACCUGA